CCUCCACCCCACCCCCAGCCUGGCGCCCGCCGACCCAAUACACCUGUGCCCUUACUUUCAGACCAGCGAGUCACAACCCAAGGGAAUGCUGGGACAGAGUCCAUGCCCCGCCCACGGCCCCUCCCCACCUCCCUUGGGGCAUUAGUAUCUGCCCCGCCCACUUCCCCUGCUGGGUAGCCCCAGCGGAGGGGUCGUGGAGCAUGCGUACUUCCUCAGGGUGUACCCCUGCACAGUCAUGUUAUCAUAUCUGGAACGAUCCAGGACCUAUGCUCCGUCCUAUCUGAAAUCAGAGGGGUAACAUCGGGUUCACUUAUCCAAAAAGCAUGCUUCAGCCUCUAUGCAGACUCCAGGCCCCACUGGAAUUCUGAAAGGAAGAGGUCAAAUGACUCCCUUCCGUCCCUUAAGACAAAUGUCACAGUCCUUGCUUUUUAGAUAAGGAGACUGAAGCUCUAAGAGCUGAGCUCAUGGGGCCCCCUGACUCUCCCCAUCUCCUCUCCUGGGUGCAGAGGGCCCUGUCUGACCAAGCACACCCAACGCCUAGCAUGCCAACAGGACCUGCUUAUUUCUGAUGUUUGUGGCAAAUUGGGCUCCUUGAGGACAGGGACUGCACCUGCUUUAUUUUUGCCCUGUGUGAGUCAUGCUGGCUGUCCUCUAGAGGACAGGUUAAAUGAGUAACCACUGUUAGGUCCCUCCCCAUGUUUCCAUGGUGGGGAGGGCUGGGCUGGGGUUCAAGUCCAGAGCCUUUCUUUUUCCUCAGCACUUUAAAGAAACCAUGGAGGAGGAUGACAUGGGUGGGGUGUGGGUGAAAGUGGAGAAGAGUGGGGCAACAGAAAGCUUAUUGGGGGUCAGGGCUGAAGAGGCAGGCACAGGGGGGCUACUGUAGGAACAGAAUAGAUAGACAGCCUGACUGGUGGACUGGGUGUGACAGAGGGAGACCAGCCCCCCUGGCUGAGAAGUGUGAUGCAAUCCUGAAGUUGGGAACACAGAAGAGAAGCAGGUUUGGGGAACCAGUGGUGACAGCUGAGGCCAUGUGAGUCUGGAUCCUGAAUGAGGCUUUAUCUCUAGCUGUUCGUCCCAUCGUCCACUGUGGCACCAGCUCCGUCGGCUGGCCAGGAUGGGACAGGCGACUGGGAGAGCCAGAGCCAGAGAGGUGAUGAUGACUAUAGCCUGGGCUGAGAGAGGAACAAGACUCUGGGCCUGCGACUGCCAAGCAGGUGGUAGGGGCACCAGGCCAUGAUCUGUACCCUCUGAUCCCUGACGCUGACCUUCUGCCCUGACCUGCCUGACUAAGCCAUGUCUGAACAAGCUCAAGCCCCUUUGGGCCGGGGGCUGCCCCCCGACAUGCUGGCAGAGCAGGUGGAACUGUGGUGGUCCCAGCAGCCAAGACGCUCCUUGCUGUGCUUCAGCGUCGCUGUGGGCCUUGUGGCAGGCUGUGGGGCAGGUGGCGUGGCCCUGCUGUCCUCCACCAGCAGCCGCUCUGGUGAGUGGCGCCUAGCAACAGGCACUGUGCUCUGCCUACUGGCCCUGCUGGUUCUGGUGAAGCAGCUGAUGAGCUCAGCUGUGCAGGACAUGAACUGUAUACGCCAGGCCCACCACGUGGCCCUGCUGCGCAGCGGUGGAGGGGCCGAUGCCCUGGUGGUGUUGCUCAGUGGUCUCGUGCUGCUGGUCACCGGCCUAACUCUGGCUGGACUGGCUGCUGCCCCGGCUCCUGCUCGGCCACUGGCCACCAUGCUGUCUGUGGGGAUUGCCCUGGCUGCCUUGGGCUCGCUCUUGCUGCUGGGCUUGCUGUUAUAUCAGGUGGGCGUGAGUGGACACUGCCCUGCUACCCGUGCAGCUGCCCCCUCAACCCAUAGUGGCCACGGUGGCAAUAGCAGCAUCUUCAGCAUCUCAGGACAGUUGUCUUCUGGCCAGCGUAAUGAGACCACCUCCAGCAUCGCCAGCCUCAUCUGAUAGAGCCAGAAUCCUCCUUCCCAGGACCUGUCUCAGCGUCUCCAAAACUGUGCCAGGACGUGCAUGUGUGUGCUUGUGUGUGAAUGUGUGUAUGUCUCAGGGCCACAUCAGCCCUUCACUGGGUGUGUGAUAUGGGAUUAGGAGCCCACAUGUACUCACAUUCCACAUCACAGGUUAGCGUGUGCCUCCUUGGAACUGCAUGUUUGUGUCUGAUGACUGUCACUCUGUCUAUCUGGGUCUGAGUUCUCUAGGGAGAGAAACAUCUGCAAUCCCUAUUUCCAACACCCCUCAACUCUAGCCUUGCCCGGCAAUACCCGUCAAGGGUUUCCACAGGGUGACUGUUGUCCAUCCCAGAGACUGCACCAGUGACCGCUCAUCAAGAAGAAUGACUGGUGGCAAAGCAGAAGGAACAGGGGCUCCAGGAUUGAAAUCCUUCCAACCCCCAACCCAGGCACCUAAUAGCUGGGAGAUUCAGCAAGCAACUUAGUCUCUCUGGCCUUUUCUAGAGGUCAGGUUGCCACUGUUUGUGAGAAUUAAAUGUUGUCAUGAAUGGAAGGACUGGGCUCAGGAGAGAUAUGCAUGUACAAUAAAGUGGUGGCUGCUGUUUUCA